UCAGCUAGCUACAUAAAAGCAGUUUGUUUAAAAUGUUUAUACAUUAUGGCAAGCAUAACACUCGGUGUAUAUUACUAGUUAACUACGGUAAUAGCUAGCUAGCUAUUCAAAUGUAGCCAAUGAAUGGAUGCUUUUAUUAGCUGGCGAUGUGGUCACCGACAACGGCAUGAACAACUAGCCUAUGGCUAGCUAGUAACUAGUAAGCAAAUGCACUUGUCGAUGGCUAAUUUUCUAAUUUAUUUGCUGAAAUUACGACACGGUGUAACAUUGAGGCUUUAGCUUAUUAAGGGACUGUUGGAUCACCCUUAACGCUGAGACAUUACCACCCUCUCCCGAUUCCCUGACUUUCAAACCAACCCGUUGCCUCGGUUCCGUCUCCCCUCUCCCCCUCCUCCUCCUCCUCUCCCUCUCUUCUUUCCCUCCCUGUGAGUGAGUCUGUGUGUGAGCGGUCAUGACGACCAACAAGCCCAAGGGGCAGAACUCUCUGGCCCUCCACAAGGUGAUCAUGGUGGGGAGCGGAGGAGUGGGCAAGUCGGCCCUCACCUUACAGUUCAUGUAUGACGAGUUUGUGGAGGACUACGAGCCCACCAAGGCGGACAGCUACAGGAAGAAGGUGGUGUUGGACGGAGAGGAGGUGCAGAUCGACAUCUUGGACACAGCGGGCCAGGAGGACUAUGCCGCCAUCCGAGACAACUACUUCCGCAGCGGCGAGGGCUUCCUCUGCGUCUUCUCCAUCACCGAGGCCGAGUCGUUCGCCGCCACCGUUGACUUCAGAGAACAAAUCCUGCGAGUGAAGGAGGAUGAGAAUGUUCCUUUCCUCCUGGUGGGUAAUAAGUCAGACCUGGAGGAGCGGAGGCAGGUGAGCGGCGAGGAGGCCAAGGCCCGGGCCGAGCAGUGGGGCGUCAGCUACGUGGAGACCUCCGCCAAGACCCGUGCAAAUGUUGACAAGGUAUUUUUUGACCUGAUGCGUGAGAUCAGAGCCAGAAAAAUGGAGGAUGGCAAAGAGAAGAACGGAAAGAAGAAGAGGAAGAGCCUGGCCAAGAGAAUCAGAGAGCGAUGCUGUAUUUUAUAGUUCAUCGGCCUCCUUCCUUCCCGAGCCCUCUCCACCUUGCCCAUUCCUCUGGGUCGUGUUCAUUUGGUACCAAAUGGAACAAAAUGGACUGAAACAGGGAGGGACUACCUGGACUUGUCUAAUAACAAUUGCUCAUUUUAGCUUUCUGUUGCAAGAAGUUAAAAUAUCUGUUGCGUUCUGUAAUGAACAUUACCCAGGUUUCCCUCUCAGAAGCCAUGGCCAAGGGAGAGAAAAUCCUGUCUUUAUUUAUUUAAUAUUAUUAUUAUUUUUAAAAGGUGAGUUCACUAAAGGGGAGUUUGUCGUCCAAUUAUAGUAAACACUAAAAUGGUAAGACUACAACAGAAACCAAAAAAGGAAUUUGAGGCCACAAAAGACAAUACUUUAUCCCAAGAACAGUAAUGACCCCUCUUAAUUAUCGUUCUGAGAGAAAACGUAAAACGAGGUGGUAGAGGUCUGGUGUCGCAGUCACAAACAAAAGAUGCUAUCGGAACGCUCACGCAAUGUUUGCAGUGUGAUAGUAAAUCACUAUAGUCCCUUUCGUAUGGCUCAGUUGGUAGAGCGUGGCGCUUAUUACGCCAGUGUAGUGGGUUCGAUUUGUUCCGGGACCACCCGUACGCACGCAUGACCAAGUCACUAUGAAUAAAAGCGUAUGCUGAAAAAGGGCACAUUUAUUAUAUCUCAUGGCUAAUUUCAAAUGCUGCUACAUUCAAUGUCACUCCGGGAAACUCCACUUCACACAGAAUAGACAUGAAACCUAAGGGUGUUUAAUUGAAAGAUAUUGAAUGGGAUCCCACAGUCAAACGUAAAACUCUCUUGCACUGGAAUGUCUCUCUGCCAUCUGGUUAGUCUGCUGUGAAAUGUGACACUUUGGAUCGUGCUAUACAGGCCAAUGGUUGAGGAAAUUAUACUAUACAGGCCAAUGGUUGAGGGGCUUAUACUAUACAGGCCAAUGGUUGAGGGGCUUAUACUAUACAGGCCAAUGGUUGAGGGGCUUAUACUAUACAGGCCAAUGGUUGAGGGGAUUGUACUAUACAGGCCAGUGGUUGAGGGGAUUAUACUAUACAGGCCAGUGGUUGAGGGGAUUGUACUAAAUAUUGCACAAUAGUCUGCUUUCCUGGCCAUGUGAAUCCUUAGCCACUAAAAAUUGUUUUUCAGUUCACACUGAACCUGCUUUAUUGUCCAGCACUAGGCUUAAUCGGUGUCUGGGAAACCAGGCCGAUAUAGUCGCCUUCAUUUAAGAGGAUAGUCUUUUGGUGACCAUAGUUACGUUAAUAUGCAAAGGAGUAAUGCUUGUAAUCUAAACCAGAGGUUGUUUUUAGAAAAUUGUCAGUGUCUCGUUUUAUCUUUCAGCCUGGCCUAGGUAAUCAAGACUGAAAAUAGAAAGGAGGAAUUUCCAAUGACUCCCUCAUAAAUUAACAGGUGAUAAAAAAUUAGGCCUGUAAGCACAAAUCGGUGUCCUGGAAAAUGGUUAUGACUGGCUACUUCAGCACAUUACCAUUUUAAGACACCAGUACAUUCUGUAACGGCCGAGUCCAUAUUCCACUUGUUUAGAUCCUGCUAUGAAAUGUCAGGAGGAAUGUGCAGGCCCCUCCAUAUAACAUAAAAUGGGAAUCAUUCCAUGAAGUGCCGUUUCUAUCCCGUGGAUCAUGGACUUAACGCUCAACCCCGGCCCCUUAAAAGAUAUGUCCAAUUUCAUUUAGAUGGAUCAUCAUACACCUUUAUCAGAGUAUUCCAUAACACAACUAUCCGUGUGUAGAACACACAAUUGGAAAAUGUAAUUUAGGUUUCUAUCCCGAGGCACAUCUGUAUCCCCUUUAACUAUAGGCAGGGUAGCCUAGUGGUUAAGAGCGUUGGACUAGUAACCGGAAGGUUGCAUGUUCAAACACUCGAGCUGACAAGGUACAAAUCUGCCGUCCUGCCCCUGAACAGGCAGUUAACCCACUGUUCCCAGGGCCGUCAUUGAAAAUAAGAAUUUGUUCUCAACUGACUUGCCUAGUUAAGGUAAAAUAAAACAUAACUUAUAUCACAGAGGUCCUCUGUAUAGUCUGAUAAAUAACCUUGUUUUGUUCUUCUGGUUUUUUCUGCCGUUUGUGCACAACCCCCCCCCCCCCCCCUCACAGAGUUCUGUGAUGACAAAACUGAACGUACUAUGCAGACGCCUUAAGGCAUUGGGAUUUUCUCACAACCAAAAAACCUUACCGCUAGACAAAUGUCUUAUCGUGCCAUUGAGAGUCAAGGCAAGGCUAUACAGACCACUAACCCCAACUGAUUGUUCCAUGUACUCAUUUACAAUAUAUAUACACACUUAAGUAGUUAACAUAGACCCUUUUCAUUUCAAAAUAGGCUACUUUUGAUAUUUGAAGACAGUUAACACGGGACAAUGCAUUUCAGAUGGCGUGAACAUCCCUAGUUGAGAACGUUAACUGUGCUGCGGUGUCAUUGAUGGGUGUUACUCCAGUCCUUGGAUGGAAUGUACCAGUGAACUUAAGGAGACUCACUGAAUGGGAAACUAUUGCACCAAUGGCCAAUUAUGCUAAAGGCUCCAUCUUGUUUGAAAAUUUGAGAACUGACAACUUUAUUAAAUAUAUAUAUUUUUUAAAUUAAGUUAGAAGUCACACACCGCAAAUAUCUUACACCAUCUCCUCCGAUGUAACAUAGGUUCUGGUCCAGUACGUUUCUUUCUUUUACCAAGACAAUUAUUGUAACCUGGGUCUCGUUCAUUAGGCACCAAAUGGAAUGAAACUGGGAGGAACCUUGAACUUCUCAAAUAAGAAAGACCCGUUUCUCGUUGAAAAACACUUUUCCACCGUGUGCCCUAAUGAACACGCCCCUUGGUAUCCCAUGCUAUUGUUCUGUUUGUAUGAGGCUUGAUAUCCAGGAGCAAUGAUACUAUCAUUAAGUCUGUGUCCGCUGCCCUUAUGCUGGCAGCAGAGGUCCUUUCAACUCAUAACAUGUGGAAUAGUGUAAAUUGACUGGAAAAUUAAGGAAAGGGGAAAUUAAAUAACUUACAAUGUCAA